AUGGACAUGGACACAGACACCCUAUACGAGGAAGCACCUCCACGAUACAGCUCAUUGAGCGCUCCGCCCGAGUCCUUCAAGAUCGCGACCUGCACACACGACCCACCACCGACGACAAGAUGGUUCGUCCGCUCAGCAAAGGAACCGCCCGCGUGGAAACUCCUCACCGGACCUCUAAUGUCCAAUGCCACCACACAACCCAACCUCGAUCCAUGCCAUAAACGUCGAUACCGCGUAAUGUACCCUCCCUGCUAUGAAGACGUCUUCCUCCACAAGUCGCCCUGGACGAAAACUGCCGACGCCCUACCUCAAUACCACGUCGAACUCUACGGCCGGGAUCGCUAUGAGCCAGAACCGAUCAUCAUCCUCGGUCCUGCCAGCACGUCCGACGACGAAUCCGCAAACCUUCAAAUCGACACAAAGGCCAUCGCGAUCCGCCAUCUACCCCGCGUGGUCUCGACACUGGCAUCUCAAAUAGCCGGCAUGAGACGCUACAUCGCUUUUGUGCAGAGUGAGUUCUGGUCCUGGGAUUGGCGGUGCAAGAAUCCGGCAGCGAAUCACGAUAUGCGGGCGAUGAUUACGCGGGCAAAGAAGGAAUGUGCGAAGAGUGCGAGCUUGAUAGAGAAGCUGGUGGAUUUUCUCAAGUUUGUGGGACAAAGUGGGAAGAAUAUCCGGUGA